GGCUGGUUGUUCCGAGGGAGCAUGAGUGGGUUAUUAAAGACCGGCCGGUUGAGCUUGCUGGUUUAAAGCUCGAUUACCUUCAACUGCCCUUCCUUCCCGUCCCCAGCCAGAUGGGAGUUCUCCGUCUUCGGGCCCUACCCCAUUUUAUUCCCGUUGUACCCGUCUGUGGUUGUGUACACAGCGUAGCAACGGAUCCCCGAUGCCUCAGGGGGAUCGGUGGCCUUACUGCCAGGAAUUCAGAGUAUUUCUUCGGGUUUUGACCCAAUUUCCUGAUAAACAGCAUGUGACUUGUCUUACUGCCGGCACAUUCCUGACAAGGACAGCUGUGCCUUCAGUCCCCAGCUCUCAUGAGCGUGUCUCGUAGUGGAGCACUCACUGCACGAUGUGACUUCCAGGAUUUGGACGCAGUGUCACGGAGCCAUUAGCAGUGGAGCGUGCUGCAGGAGCUGCUUUUGGGAACACCUUUUGAGUGGCAAACCACUCUCGAAUGAGUGGCAAAGGCUGGAUUGGAACCCGGGGCCACCUGACUUCCCAGCCCGAAUUGCUGUCUGAUUUACUUCAGUUUGCUCAGGCCGUGGCGUCGCUUCAAACAGUAUGUUUCUGAAAGAGAAAGUCAGUGAACCUGUAACCGGCAGGCUGGUUCCAAAACACAGGACCUAUUUUUACUCUUUGCUUUUCACUGACUCAUCCAGCGGUUCUGAGACUCUCCCCAGACCGUCUGCUGCCACCCUUGAAGAUUCUGCCCAGCUGGGAGGAAGUUCCGUCCCUCUUCCUUCAUCCAGGUUGCCAGACAGUUGGCAGCCAGCCCUCAGGCAAGGGUCUGCAGCCCUUGCAAACACAACAGGACAGAUGGCGCGAAUGCUGAAAAACUAAGGCACAGAGAGGUGAAAUACUUGACCAAAGAUGACCUACAAAGCGGAGGGAGAGCUGGCCGAGAGCUCAGGCGGCCUGAUAACCACACCGAUGCGCUUCCCAAGACGGUGCCCAUGCGAGCGAGGCUGAGCCGACUGCUCCAGAAUGAGCCACAGCUCUGAGAAGAGGAAGUAGAAACCCAGCUGGCUCUCCGUUAUGGCUUGUGAACCGCAGAUGGAGCCCGGUGGGGCGGCAGGCCCCAUGCCACCCUCCUCCCCCAGCUGGAGCGCCCUGCCUGGGGGGAGCCCUCCCGGCUGGGGGCAAGGGCUGCACAAUGGACAGGUCCUCACGGUUCUCCGGAUCGACAACACCUGUGCGCCCAUCGCCUUCGAUCUGGGGGCCGCCGAGGAGCAGCUGCAGACCUGGGGCAUCCAGGUCCCCGCCGACCAGUACCGGAGCCUGGCCGAGAGCGCCCUCCUGGAGCCCCAAGUCAGAAGAUACAUCAUCUACAACUCGCGGCCCAUGCGGCUGGCCUUUGCCGUGGUGUUCUAUGUGGUGGUGUGGGCAAACAUCUACUCCACCAGCCAGCUCUUCGCCCUGGGGAACCACUGGGUGGCCGUGCUGCUCGUGACCCUGGCCGCGGUCAGCCUGACCCUGGCUCUCGUGCUCAUCUUUGAGAGACACCAGAGGAAGGCCAACACCAACACGGACCUGAGGCUGGCGGCCGCCAACGGAGCACUCCUGAGGCACCGGCUGCUGCUGGGGGUGACGGACACGGUGGAAGGCUGCCAGAGCGUGAUCCAGCUCUGGUUUGUCUACUUCGACCUGGAGAACUGUGUGCAGUUCUUGGCUGACCAUGUUCAAGAAAUGAAGACUAACCAAGAGUCCUUGCUGAGACGCAGACUGAGCCAGCUGUGCGUUGUCAUGGAGACUGGGGUGAGCCCCGCCGCGGCUGAGGAGCUGGAGGACCCGAUGGAGGAAGCUCCUCUCCUGCCCAGCAGGCCUGAGCCCCAGGAGAGGCCGCUCAUGCAGACCGAGCUCCACCAGCUUGUUCCCGAGGCUGAGCCGGAGGAGAUGGCCCAGCAGCUGCUGGCGGUGUUCGGCGGCUACUACAUCCGGCUCCUGGUGACCUCCCAGCUCCCCGAGGCAGGGGGCACACGGCACAUGGACUCCCCGAGGGUUCCGUGCCCCUGCCAGUUCAUAGAGGCCCACAUCCUGGGCACAGGGUGCUGCCCGUUCCUGGCCAGGUGACCUGAGGACAAAGGGACUCAUCUUCCUCUGAGACUGAAGGGGGGACGUCAGCGAGGCCUCGGGAGCUGAUCCUUGGGGAGGAGAGAAGCGUCUGGGGGCCCUCCGAAGGCUGUCAGUAACGUCAGCAAUGGGGGUGUCUCGUCACUCCACGACUCUUGACAGAAGUGGCUUGUUGACAUCCCACGUGGAGCCCUGGCCUUUCCGGAAGCUGAGGGUUGCCGGGCUGGUCCCGCGCCAAGUCACUCUAUGCUGCUGGGAACCACGGGCAUGAAUGGAAGCUUUCUCCCCCAUCCCUUCCAUUGUCUGGACACCCAGGAAAUGUGAAGAUGACCCGACGGGGCCACACAGGUGUCCGAGGCUCGGCCUCAGAGACGCUCCCAUCUCCAGCCCCUUCGUGUCAGAUGGGGAACGGAGGCUUCGGGAGGACACUGCUCCUGGUGGCAUUGCCUCGGGCCCCUAACAUGAUAAGACUGCCUCUUCCCAAUCGGAUGCAAAGAAGUCAAGUGGCAGAAUGUUCUCCAUUUUUAAGUUUUUCUUCUUCUGUAUUCUGUGAAAAACAGUGACACCUGUGUUUACUGUCUGCGGGCACACAGUCUUCCAGGGACGGAGGAAAGAAACCAAUAGCACACAGCUGUCAAUGGGAACAUUUGAACAGGAGCGAGGCUGGCUGACUGGAGGACGUAUUUGGUUCAAAGGCAGGCUGCUGGUGGUUGUGGUUUUACACUGCAGGUGGAGAGCAACGGCCCUGUGUUCUGACACUAACACUCUCCUGGAAGGAAGCAUAAUCUGUCACUCGCCGAGCUCCAUGGGGAGCUCAGGCUUCCAGGUUCUCUGUUUCGGAACAAGUUCGAAGACCCCUCAUUCCAUAGGCCCCAAUUUCACAGCCCUGGCCUGGCAUGUAAGGGUUCCCUAGCCCCUAAGACCCAGCCUUCCUCUGCAAUUUUGGCUGCAUCUCCCACAAAACUCCCUCAUGAGGUCAAACUUCUUCCUGGACUGACGUGUCUAUUCUUUUCCAUCUGUUGAACUCCUAUGCAUGCUUCAAAGCCCAGUGUUACUUACCCCUCUUUCAGGAAGCCUUCAAUACAGCCAGCCCUGCUCCUCUCUGCCUCCUGUAAAUUCUUGAUGUAGCCGCUGCCUUUACUGACGUUUUAAGUUAUUGAUUCUAUUUUCCUGUGCACAUGCCUGUUUUUCUAGCUAGACUAUAAACUCCUCAAAGACAAAGAUUGCUCCUUGUCCUCUUUGUGCAUGAUCUGGACCUGCUACAGGAAAAAAAAUCCUGUGGAUUGAGUGCUUUGUCAUCUCCGUAGUAGCUUUUGCCAAUUGCUGUCUCUAUUCAGUUGAAUGAUGAGGUUGGCACAGACCUGGCUUCUGGUCCUUAGCCACCCCUUCUAACUGUGUGACUUUCGGCUGGUCCUCAGUUCACCCAUCUGUAUAAUGGGUAGAUUGGAAGAUUCUUAAUGGCUCUUCCAAGCCAAAGUUCUGGGAAUUUCCAGCUUUUUCUGCUCCAUCUAGCCCUUGGCCUGUUUAUCUGUUCUCUUCUGCCUUUAUCUACGUGUAGAAAGGUCCUGCAGCCCCACACGGCCAAGGUGUCCCAGACCUCCUGCUCCUUUGGACGGAACACUGGCCUAGCUAGCAGGAGACCUGGAUUCUCAUCCCAGAUCUGCUGCUUCCUAGCUGUGUGACCUUGGCUAGCUCGCUUAACCUCUCUGAGUGUCAAUUCACUCCUUUAUAAGUGGAUCUAGUGAACAUGAAAUGUACUCAUGCCGGUGACUUGCCCUGUUAAGAGAUGAAUCUGUUUGCUUUCUCUGGGCUGGAGAAGAGAAAUCAAGUGUGUAGACCAGCCCUUUGCAAGUGGCUGUUCUAGGCAUUUCUCUGAGGGCAGCUUUGCUGAAUGAGAAUUAUUCAUGAAGGCGAUCACUGUCUCUCUCACCUGCCUCAGAGGAAAUAGGAGCUGUGAAUGCAAUCAGUAAAGGCCCAUAUUUAUUCUCUAAACCGUGAAACCCCGGUAAGUGUAAUACCAGAAUAAAAAUGUGUGCGUUAAAUGGCAAAACAGCCAUUUUUCCAUUUUAAGGCUUCCUUAAAGAGCCCUUGGUGUGUUCUUUGCUGCCUUUCCCUCUCUUUAGAGUUUCCGAUGGUCUCACCUGGUGGCUGGGCAUUCAGGGGUGCCCACGACACACAUUUUUUUUUGCACUUGUGCCUCAGUUUCCUCGUUGAGAAGACUCUGUGACCUCUGUCUUGCCUGCGUCUCAGAGUCGCUGUGAAGAUCAGAGUCCACAAAGGAGGAGGCGCUGUAAGAUUGAAGGCUCUGCGUUAGUGACACGGGCGCGUGGCGAGGGGGCUUGCAUUCUAGAGUCACAUUCACUCAGAUCCAAGUUCCGCCACUUUAGGAGCAGCGUCCUGCCCGUCCUUGGGUCUCACUCCUCCUGUGUGGAAUGGGGUAAGAAUACCUACCUCAUACGUCAUUGUGAAGAUUAAGUGGCACCAAAAUUGUAAAAGGCUUGCAACUUUGAGUUGCAAGCUUUUGUAAGAGCUGAAUAAAUUGUGGCUAUUUUUUUUUUAAA